CUCCCCACUUCGCAUUCAUCACAAGUUCAACGCGCCAAACAUUGCUCGCAUCACCCGCAUUUCCCACUCAAUCCGCUUCAUCGCGCCAUCACUUUGUCGCUCAAUCGCUCAAACUGUUGACAACGGCGACGACGACAACUACGACGACGACGACGACGACGACGACGACGACGACGACGACGACGACGACGCGAAGAUUCGACUUGCCCAGCACCGCAUCCGGAACAUUGACUUAUUGUCAGCGCAGCCCCUAACCCCUCAUAACAGCCCUCGGCCGCCAUCCCUCUAGGCUCCGCGACCAUUAUAUAUAUAUAUAUAUAAAAUAAAAAAAAGGUUCUUGACGACUUACCUCUUCUUCGCCUUCAACACAGAAACAGCUGGUCUCUGUGAAGGGAAGCAGACGACGGGAAAUCGGUCCAUCUUUCAGAAGACGUUCCCCGCACACAUCAACAGACAUGGACGGCAAGAGACACCCGAGCUCGUUCCAGCAGCUCGAGAAGCUCGGCGAGGGCACAUACGCGACUGUCUUCAAAGGUCGAAACCGGCAAACAGGAGAGCUUGUUGCGCUGAAGGAAAUCCACCUGGACUCGGAAGAGGGCACACCCUCAACUGCGAUUCGAGAGAUCUCCCUUAUGAAGGAGCUCAAGCACGAGAACAUUGUCGCCCUUCACGAUGUCAUCCACACCGAGAACAAGUUGAUGUUAGUCUUCGAGUAUAUGGAUGGGGACCUGAAGAAGUAUAUGGAUACCCAUGGCGACAGGGGCGCCUUGAAGCCGCACCAGAUCAAGUCUUUCAUGUACCAACUCUUGAGAGGCAUCGAUUUUUGCCAUCAGAACAGGGUGCUGCACCGAGACCUGAAGCCGCAGAAUCUCUUGAUCAACGGCAAGGGACAGCUCAAGCUUGGCGACUUUGGACUAGCCCGCGCCUUCGGCAUUCCUGUGAACACCUUUUCGAACGAGGUUGUUACGCUCUGGUAUCGUGCACCGGACGUUCUCCUUGGAAGCAGAACGUACAACACAAGCAUCGAUAUCUGGUCUGCGGGAUGCAUUAUGGCAGAGAUGUACACUGGUCGACCAUUGUUCCCUGGCACAACGAACGAGGACCAGAUCAUCCGGAUUUUCCGCAUUAUGGGUACACCCACCGAGCGUACCUGGACUGGCAUUACCCAGUUUCCUGAGUACAAGCCAACCUUCCAGAUGUACGCCACCCAAGAUCUUCGCCAGAUUCUCCCACAGAUCGAUCCCACAGGCAUCGAUCUGCUCCAGCGGAUGCUCCAGCUACGCCCUGAACUACGCAUCAGCGCGCACGAAGCCCUUAAGCAUCCUUGGUUCAACGACAUUGUCAUGCAGCAGCACCAGCAGCAAGCCUUGCAAGCACAGGCUAGAGCGUACCCCGGACAGGGGUCUUACGAGACGUACUGACCUUUCUAGAGGCGCGCUGCUUCGGUAUGUGACUAAGCGGCCAUCCAUUCUUGUGGUUUUCGGUGCUACGCGAAUAGGAGUAUGACGAUGGAUCAUCCGCACCGACAGCAAGGAGUCAACUCAUCAUGACGAGAACAUGCCAACAUUGGCAAGCUCUUAACAAAGGGGCAUUUCGGGAGUUCCUGUAUAUUGCGGUUGGUUUAAUGCUGGAUGAUGAAUAGGGAUAACUAUGGGACGUUUGUAGUU